UAGUUGCAGUUUCGUUUUUCGGGAAAAUCCCUCCCGGUUCUCUGCGGGCUCCCGGGGAGUGGAGCGCAGGUGAGACGGGAAGUCGAGCUGCCGCUAUGACGGCCGAGGAGCGGCGGAAUCUGCACGCUUUCCAAAACUAUGUCACGAAGAUUCUGGACCCUACCUACAUCCUGAGCUACAUGGCCCCCUGGUUUAAGGAGGAUGAGCUGCAGUAUAUUCAGGCUGAGAAAAACAACAAGGGCGUGAUGGAGGCUGCCUCACUUUUUCUCAAGUUCCUGUUGGAGCUCCAGGAGGAAGGCUGGUUCCGUGGCUUUUUGGACGCUCUUGACCAUGCAGGUUAUUCUGGCCUUUAUGAAGCCAUUGAAAGUUGGGAUUUCCAAAAAAUUGAAAAGUUGGAGGAGUAUAGAUUGCUUUUAAGGCGUUUGCAACCAGAAUUUAAAACCAGUAUUGAUCCAGAUCAUAUCCUUCCUGAUAUGUGUGAAUGUUUAAUUAAUCAAGAAUGUGAAGAAAUUAAACAGGUUUGUUCCAACAAGGGGUCAAUGGCUGGUGCAGAGAAAAUGGUUGAAUGCCUUCUCAGAUCAGACAAGGAGAACUGGCCCAAAACUUUGAAACUUGCUUUGGAGAAAGAAGAGAACAAGUUCAGUGAACUGUGGAUUGUAGAUACAGGUUCCAAAGAUGUUGAAACGAAAGAUCUUGAAGAUGAGGAAAUGAAUACUUCUGACAUACAGAUUGUCUACAAGGAAGAACCAGAAUGCCAGAAUCUUAGUCAGAAUUCAUGUCCACCUUCAGAAGUGUCUCAUACUUACAGUCCAACAAAGCCAAGGAAUUACCAACUAGAGCUCGCUUUGCCUGCUAAGCAAGGAAGAAAUACAAUAAUAUGUGCUCCUACUGGUUGUGGGAAAACCUUUGUUUCACUGCUUAUAUGUGAACAUCAUCUUCAAAAAUUUCCACAAGGACAAAAGGGGAAGGUUGUGUUUUUUGCUAUUCAACUUCCAGUGUAUGAACAGCAGAAAUCUGUGUUCUCAAACUAUUUUGAGAGACGUGGGUACAAAGUUUCAGGCAUUUCUGGAGCCACGUCUGAGAAGGUCUCAGUGGAGCAGAUUGUUGAGAACAAUGACAUCAUCAUCUUAACUCCACAGAUUCUUGUGAACAGCCUUAAAAAUGGGACUGUUCCAUCACUCUCUGUCUUUACUUUGAUGAUAUUUGAUGAAUGCCACAACACCAGUAAACACCAUCCUUACAAUAUGAUCAUGUUUAAUUAUCUAGAUCAGAAACUCGGAGGAUCUUCAGACCCACUGCCUCAGAUCGUUGGGCUGACUGCCUCGGUCGGUGUUGGGGAUGCCAAAAGCACAACUGAAGCCAUGGAAUAUAUCUGCAAACUGUGUGCGUCUCUUGACAUGUCAGUGAUAGCAACAGUCAAAGACAACUUAGAGGAACUGGAAGAAAUUGUUUAUAAGCCCCAGAAGUUUUUCAGGAAAGUGGAAUUACGGACUGACGACAGAUUUAAAUAUAUUAUCUCUCAGUUAAUGAGGGAGACAGAGAGUCUGGCAAAGAGUGUCUUUGGCGAACUGGGUACCGUAACUCUCGAAAACUUAUCUGAAAUUCAAAACAGGAAUUUUGGAACACAGAAAUACGAACAAUGGAUUGUUGCAGUUCAGAAAAAGUGCAUGGUGUUACAGAUGGCAGACAAAGAUGAAGAGAGCAGGAUUUGUAAAGCACUGUUUUUGUACACUUCACAUUUGCGGAAAUUGAAUGAUGCCCUCAUUAUCAAUGAGCAUGCGCGGAUGAAAGAUGCGCUGGAUUACUUGAAAGACUUCUUCACUAAUGUCCGAUCAGCAGGAUUUGAUGAGAUAGAGCAAGAUCUUACUCGGAGAUUUGAAGAAAAGUUGCAAGAACUAGAAAGCAUUUCCAUGGAUCCCAGCAAUGAGAACCCUAAACUCAAAGACCUCUGCUUCAUCUUGCAAGAGGAGUACCAUUUUAAUCCGGACACUAGAACCAUUCUCUUUGUGAAAACCAGAGCACUUGUGGAUGCUUUAAAGAAAUGGAUUGAAGAAAAUUCUAAACUCAGCUUUCUAAAACCUGGCAUAUUGACUGGACGUGGCAAAACAAAUCAGAACAUAGGAAUGACCCUCCCAGCACAGAAGUGCGUAUUGGAUGCAUUCAGAACCACUGACGAUAACAAGAUUCUGAUCGCCACCUCAGUUGCUGAUGAAGGCAUCGACAUUGCUCAGUGCAAUCUGGUCAUCCUGUAUGAGUAUGUGGGCAAUGUCAUCAAAAUGAUCCAAACCAGAGGCAGAGGAAGAGCAAGAGGUAGCAAGUGCUUCCUUCUGACUAGUAAUGCUGAUGUAAUUGAAAAAGAAAAAAUAAACAUGUACAAAGAAAAAAUGAUGAAUGACUCCAUUUUAAAGAUUCAGACAUGGGAUGAAGAAGUAUUUAAAGAGAAGAUUCGCCAGAUACAGAUCCAUGAAAAAUUCAUCAGGGAUAGUCAAGGAAAAGCAAAACCUGUACUUGAUAAGAAAAAUAAAAAACUGCUCUGCAGGAAGUGCAAAGCUUUUGCAUGUUAUACAGCUGAUAUAAGAGUGGUGGAGGAGUGCCAUUUCACUGUAGUUGGAGAUGCUUUCAGAGAGUGCUUUGUGAGUAAAUUACACCCCAGACCAAAGAGUUUUGGGUGUUUUGAGAAGAAAGCAAAGAUAUUCUGUGCCAGAGAAAAGUGUCACCAUGACUGGGGGAUCUAUGUGAAGUAUAAGGCAUUUGAGAUUCCAGUUAUAAAAAUUGAAAGUUUUGUGGUGGAGGACAUUGCAACUGGACAACAGAGACUAUAUGCAAAGUGGAGGGACUUUCAUUUUGAGAAGCUACCAUUUGAUGCUGCAGAAAUGUCCCAAUGACCUCAAGACCCCAAUCUUCAGCGACAGGGAAUGAGUGACCUUGCAUGAAAAAGAACUUAUCCCCAGUGGGUAAGUCAUGAAUGGCUUGUACCACUGUGAAGAUAUUUACCAAACACUUGUCCUGUACUGAAUAGUUAUCACUUAAUUCACCUUCUGUUCAUUGUUUGCGACAGUUUGAACUAUGUCAUAUAUGUAAAGCUACACGUAAGUGAAUCACAACACUGAAUGUUUCAUGUACCAAUAGAGCUCUAAAUACUUAGGAAAAAUUAAAAAGCCUUAACUUCUCUUUCUGUCCUUCCCUUCAGAACCAACUGCCA